AUGUAAUGUAAUGUCAUGCUUGUUAAGACCAUAGUCAGAGCGUGAAUGUAUAUUCCUCAGUUAGUAUUCAACUGAACCGCCACGCUGCGGAGUGCGGGCACAAAAUGCGCGCGCUCGUUAAAUUUGUUCUUAUAUUUAUCACUUUUAGUGUAACGUCUAAAACAGUGAAUACUCUCAACAUAUUAGCAGUGUUACCAUUCGAGGGAAAAAGCCACUUUAUAGGAUUCCAGCCGUAUCUUCAAGAAUUAGUGCGAAGAGGACACAAUGUGACUGUGAUAUCCCACUUUCCCGACAAUUUUAAUAAAACACAUUAUCACGAUAUAAGUUUGGCCGGUAAAUCUAAAAUAUUGCAGAAUGUGUUCACUAUACAUCGGUCAUAUAAAGCUAUUAUAGAUGUUAGCUUGUUCCUGGUUGAGACUGGCACAGCAAAUUGUAAAUUGAUGUUAUCGGACGAAAACGUUCAGAACCUGGUGAAAACUAGGGCUAAAUUUGAUGUCGUGCUUGUAGAAGUUUUUAAUACAGACUGUGGUCUUGGUUUGGCUUAUAAACUCGAUGCCCCUGUCGUCGGAAUCACAACACAUAUGAUUCUUCCAUGGCAUUACCGACGAUUGGGUAUAAAUUACAAUCCAUCGUUUGUGCAAUUCUUAUUCCUAGAAGGAGGAACUAAGCCAAAUUUCUAUCAAAGAAUAGAAAGAUCUGUAUUUUACAUAUAUUAUAAUUUACUAUACACAUAUUUUACUCAAAGAAUUGAUCAACAAACAAUAGAAGACUAUCUAGGGCCCGUUCCGCCGUUGGAGGAGUUGGCUCGUGAAGUGAAACUCACUCUGGUUUAUCAAAAUUUAGGUCUCACUGGGUCUAACUUGUUGCCUUCAAAUUUAAUUGAAGUUGGAGGAUACCACGUUGCUGAACCGAAACCAUUACAACAAGAUCUAAAGAAAUUCAUAGAAGAUUCGCCACAUGGAGUAAUCUAUGUAAGCUUCGGAUCCAUGCUUAAAGCCUCUUUGACGCCCAGGGCUCUGGUCCAGACGAUCAUUGACGCGGUAUCGGAGCUGCCGCAGCGAGUUAUCUGGAAAUGGGAAGAGGAAUUCUUGCCAGGAAAACCGAAGAAUAUUUUUUCGUCUAAAUGGCUCCCCCAAAAUGAUAUACUAGCUCACCCGAAAGUAGUGGCUUUCUACUCCCACUGCGGUAUGAUGAGCACCACCGAGGCCAUCCACUACGGUGUGCCAGUGGUCGGGAUGCCUAUCUUUGGAGACCAGCCCGCAAAUGCCGCAGCCAUUGAAGAAAGCGGUCUAGGAGUGCAGAUCCAACUGAGAGAUGUCACUAAAGAGCUGUUGGUCGAGAAGUUUAACACGGUGUUGGACCCAAAAUUCCGAGAGAACGUUAAGAAAGUAUCUCGAGUGUUUCACGACCGUCCCCUCUCCGCUAUGGACUCCGCUAUAUACUGGACGGAAUUUGCGGCUCGCAACCGAAACUUGUCUCUUCGCUCCAGAUCUGCCGAUGUGCCAUAUUAUAAAUUUUUAUGUCUAGAUAUCUUAUUUAUGGUGUUUAGUACAUUAUUCAUUGUAAAAAUUGUUGUUAAAACAAUAUUGUGUAAAAAUAAAGUGAAAAAUAAAUCUAAAAGAGAUUAAACAAAUGCUUAAUCUCUUUCGAAAUCGAAUUCAAAUAUUAUAAGGAAAUGGAUGACUUCAUUUUACUCGAUAUUUAAUGAAGAAUUCACUUUUUGUAUUUAUAGGUAUUUAUAGAAAAUAUAUAUUUCAAAUACGUUUUAAA